UCUAUUUUUAUUUACCAAUUUUCAGUGUAGCAGCAUUUUGGUGGAAAUGUAUCACCGUUUGCUUUAGUUUCCAUGGGUUGAGCUCGAGCCGGGACCUGAGGGGCUGCUGGGGUUUUCGAUUGAGUUUUCCUCUUGUCAUCCUUCGAUCUGUGGAUGUUGCAGUGGCAUGUGUUUUGCCAUGUGGUCUGGCAGCCCAUGUGGUAUAGCAAUGAUGGAUCAUCAUGACUGGCAGAGGGGAAGGAGCAGAGGUCAUCGACACCAUGACGACGAUGAUGAGCCACAGCCGGAGUACAUUGGUGUCCCAGUCUCCCACAGGCGGAAGAGGCGCCGACACCACUCCCAUGCCAGUGAUGCCGAACAUAGCGCACGACACGAGCACUACGAUCACCACACGCAUCGUGACCACUCGCAGCGAAGCUAUCACCAUGACAGAGAGGAGCACUAUGACGAUGAGGAGGGGAGUCUGGAUCGUCAUGGGCACACCAACCUCACAGUGUCCCCUGCAGCGGAGCGGCUGCGCCACAUACUGGGGGAAGAUGACAACACCCCAACACCCACCAUAUUCACUGAGAUGGACACACUACAGAACGAGGGGGGGGAAUUAGAGUGGAAAGAGUCUGCAAGGUGGGUGAAGUUUGAGGAGAAGGUGGAAGAGGGAGGAGAAAGAUGGAGCAAGCCUCAUGUCUCCACACUGACCCUCCACAGCCUGUUUGAGCUCAGGACCUGUCUGCAGACAGGAAGCAUUCUGCUCGACCUGGAAGGCUACUCUCUGCCACAGAUAGUGGAUGACAUCGUGGAUCGACAAAUUGCCGACGGUCUCAUCCUUCCUGAUCUGAAGGAGAAGAUCACUUUUGUGUUGCUGAGGAAACACCGUCACCAGACCAAGAAACCAAUCCACCGUUCUCUGGCAGACAUAGGGAAGUCCUCCAACACUUCUUCAAAUCCUGCCCAGAGCCGAAGCAUGAACGACAUCUCAGACACUCCGAGCACAGACCAGCUGAAAAACAAGUUCAUGAAGAAGAUUCCACGCGAUGCCGAGGCAUCCAACGUCCUAAUUGGCGAGGUGGAUUUUUUGGACAAGCCCUUUGUCUCCUUUGUUCGUUUGGCUCAAGCCACAACACUAGGAGGCCUCACUGAGGUCCCUGUGCCCACCAGGUUUCUAUUCAUCUUGCUGGGUCCUCAUGGCAAAACCAAAUCCUAUAAUGAGAUUGGCAGAGCUAUUGCUACACUCAUGGUGGACGACCUGUUCAGUGAUGUUGCCUACAAAGCAAGGGACCGUGAUGACCUUAUUGCAGGUGUUGACGAGUUUCUGGAUGAGGUGAUUGUCCUCCCUCCAGGGGAAUGGGAUCCAAAAAUUCGCAUUGAACCUCCCAAGAAGGUUCCAUCGGCUGAAAUGAGGAAGUCAGUGCUGAACCUAAACGAACUGGGUCAGGUGAACGGCUCAGCAGGUGGAGCAGCUGGAGGAGAAGAUGAAGAGAUGCCUGCUCCGCAUGAGCUCGGAGAAGAGCUGAAAUUCACUGGGAGGUUUUGCGGUGGAUUGUGGCUGGACAUUAAAAGGAAGGCCCCUUGGCUUUGCAGUGAUAUCUAUGAUGGCUUCCAUAUUCAGUCCAUCUCUGCUGUGCUCUUCAUCUACCUUGGCUGCAUCACAAAUGCCAUCACCUUUGGAGGCCUGCUGGGGGAGGCUACAGACAAUUACCAGGGUGUGAUGGAGAGUUUCCUUGGCACUGCUUUGGCUGGAACUGUCUUUUGUGUGUUUGGUGGACAACCUCUUAUCAUCCUCAGUUCGACAGGACCCAUUCUCAUCUUUGAAAAGCUGCUUUAUGAAUUCAGCAAGAAUAACGGUAUAGACUACAUGGAGCUGCGUCUCUGGAUCGGCCUUCACUCGUGUCUGCAGUGUUUUGUGCUGGUCAUCUCAGACGCCAGCUACAUCAUCAAGUACAUGACCCGCUUCACAGAGGAGGGUUUUUCCAGCCUCAUCUCCUUCAUAUUCAUCUCUGACGCCAUUAAGAAGAUGGUAGGAGCCUUUAAGUAUUAUCCAAUUAACCGUGGCUUCAAGCCAGACUAUGUAACAGCCUACAAAUGUGACUGCAUCGCUCCAGACCAGGCAUCUGUGCUGGGAUUCAAUUUUUCAGCUCCACUUGGAGAUGAUAACAUGACUCUGCUGUUUAACUUGACUGGCCAGGACUGGAGUCAGCUGAGUAAGAAGGAGUGCGCCAAGUAUGGCGGCACUCUGCUGGGGAACUCCUGUAAGUAUGUUCCUGACCUGGCGCUCAUGUCCUUCAUCCUCUUCUUCGGAACCUAUUCCAUGACCGUUUCUCUUAAGAAGUUCAAGUUCAGCCGCUACUUCCCGACAAAGCUCCGUACCCUGAUCAGUGACUUUGCCAUCAUCCUUUCUAUUCUGGUCUUCUGCGGGCUGGACAGCCUGCUGGAGCUGGACACCCCCAAGCUGCACGUGCCCACUGACAUCAAGCUGAGGAAGUUAAUCAGUGAUUUUGCCAUCUUCAUGUCAAUCAUGUCCUUUGUGGGUCUGGACAUGUUGAUUGGGUUAGACACUCCCAAACUAAUCGUUCCAACUGAGUUCAAGCCGACACGUCCUGAGCGUGGCUGGUUGGUGAUGCCGUUUGGAAAGAACCCCUGGUGGUGGUAUGUGGCCAGCUUCGUUCCCGCCCUCCUCGUCACCAUCCUCAUCUUCAUGGACCAACAGAUUAGUGCCGUCAUCGUAAACCGCAAGGAAAACAAACUGAAGAAAGGUUGUGGCUACCACUUGGACCUGUUCUGGGUGGGGGUACUGAUGGCUGUGUGCUCCUUCAUGGGUCUGCCCUGGUACGUAGCAGCUACAGUCAUCUCCAUCGCCCACAUCGACUCUCUGAAGAUGGAGAGCGAGUCGAGCGCCCCCGGAGAGCAGCCACAGUUCCUGGGAGUCAGGGAGCAGAGAUUGACAGGUAUCCUGGUGUUUGUAAUGACCGGACUCUCCAUCUUCCUCGCUCCGGUCCUCCAGUACAUCCCCAUGCCAGUCCUGUAUGGAGUGUUCCUCUACAUGGGAGUUGCCUCACUGAGUGGUAUCCAGUUCUGGGAGCGUAUGAAGCUGUAUCUCAUGCCGGCCAAACACCAGCCAGACUUCUCCUUCCUGCGUCACGUCCCUCUGAGACGCGUCCAUCUUUUCACCCUGGUCCAGAUCAUCUGUCUGGCUGUCCUCUGGACCCUCAAGUCCACGUUCCUGGCCAUCAUCUUCCCAGUGAUGAUUCUGGGACUGAUGGUUGUACGGAAGCUGCUGGAUCUGAUGUUCUCGCAGCAUGACUUGGCCUGGUUGGACGACAUCCUACCAGACAAGGACAAGAAGAAGAAGGAGGAUGAGAAGAAGAAUAAGAAAGACAAGAAGGCGGCAGAGCCAGAGAGCGACGAGGAGCCCAACAGCUCUGUUCCCCCUCCAGUGAAGAUUCCCAUGGAGCCCAUAGAGCCACACACAGAGCCAGACCCCACCCAUGUUAACCCCAGACCCAACCCAAAACCAGACAACUGAUUGAGGAGAACCCUUACUCGACAGUCACAUACGAUCAAAAUGAACUAGACCACAGGUACUGUGUGCUGAAACUGCACGUGCCCUACAGUGAUCUGUUUCACACACCUGACUCAACAAACACUGGUUGGGAUCGCAGCCCUGUCACCUCCAGCCAGCCAAACACACACACAAUAGCUACAACAUAGAAACAACACUUUCUGUUCACUUGUCGGCUGUUGCAUCUCUUGGAAUUAUGUGUAUGUUGGAUGACUAUUUGAGACAUUUUAUUAUUAAACAUAGACUAUUUUGGUUGCGUACAUGGUUUUUGACAUGCAUAGACAGUACCAUGUACAGUGACGUGAUUGAGAACUUGACGCUGUCCUGAAUAUUGAGUAAGUUGUACAUACUGGUGGUCAGAGGUUUUCAAAGCACAACACUGCAGGGUCCCCCUUAGACAAAACCAAGACCAUCCCCACCCAUCUCUGUCUACAGCAGGUAAAAUGUUAACAAUGAAAAGAUAAGAUCAUCCUAUAUUAAUCCCACAAUGGGGAACUUUGCCAUUUUAGAGCAGCAAAGAAGACAGUACAAGUCAUAAACAUGCAAUACCUAUACAAGUAAUGAAAUGUAAAGAAUAUGAAAAAUCUAGAUAUAGAGUGUAAACUGAAUAUAUACUGUGUGAGAAUAUUGCAGUGAAAGUUCCUUUAGAGUUAAGCUUUAACUUAAAAGUUUUAGAAAAUGCCUCCAUUUAAGGUAUGCCAAAUUAGAUAUCAUUAAAUCCAGUUACCCAUGGAUGUUCUAACAAUUACCACUGGAUCUUGUUCUGCAGCUAUAAAUAGCCUAUUUUUCCUAUGAAUCCUAAUCAGAUUUAUGAUCAUUUAUUUUUAAUGGGCACCAGACAUAAUAUAUAUAACCAAAUUGUGUAAUGCAAAGUGAAUCUAAAAACAUGAGUGCAACUGCGAUAUGACUGUAAGGAAAAAUAAACACUUUGGACACACAUUACGCCAGACAGGUGCAAGGGUUGUAAAGUACCUUAGUGCCUCAGUUAGCUUACAGUGUUCAGCACAUUACAUUAAGUGAAUUCCUGUUGUGUUAGCAUGUGUCCAUCCCCUUUAACUGUAUCCAGUGUCUGCCUCACCUCUCUAAUUCUACGCCCCCUGGGGAGGGACACCUGGCAGCUUGAAAACCUCUGCUCAAGGUCUAUCAUUUCUAGUAGUCCCCUGCUGUUCAUGUAUCUGAAUCAUUGUAGAUCCUGGCAUAUCUAUAUUGAUUAUUGUAUUCAAAUUGCCUCAAUCGCUUUUGUAUUUUGAUCUGGAUGGUCACUGUGACCUGCCACUGAUGAUAACAGUGGCAUAUUUCAUGCAGUGUGAAAAGGCACAUUGAUUCAGUCAGAGGGCUCUCAUGCGUCAUGUUGCAUUUUACAUUUCCAGUGUGCGUGCAGGUGUUGGCAUGCCACAAUGUUCUCAUUUCAAAGUACCUGCUCGCAGCUGUCAGAACAGUAAAAUGCUAUUGCUUUCCUUUUUGGCAGAAAGUUGCAAUGUGUGAAAAGAGUUCCUCUCCAUUGGUUUGAUGCAUGUCAGCCAACUGUGUUCUAAACACAAAUGCAUUCACUGAAAUCCAAAAGGAUAAGUUCAAGGCUGUCAUCUGAUAUUUUAGAUUUCAUUGAUCCAAAUCAGUCAAUUUAGGUGGGUAUCACCCUUCAGUGCAAGGUUCCCACAACCACACAUGGGCUCAGUGUCUUGCCCAAGGAGAAUUCGGAAUGUGGAAUUGGGGAAACUGGGAUCAAGCCACCAACCUUCUGGUUAGUGGACAACUAGAUCUAUACCUCCUGAACCACAGCCAAUAAAUGUGCUACUUUAGAAAAUUUUAUUUAUUUGCCCUGGGACUUUUCUAUGCCAGCUUCUCCUUGCGACCCGCGUCUUUUUAAUUUCCGUAUUGCCAGUGUGCCAAACCCUGACAGCUUCAGUUCUUGUAAAGCCUGAUAAACAGCUAUAGCUUUUUAAUGUUCAAAUCAAACUGGUCCUCAUGGAUACAUCAAAGCAUAAAAUGCAGUGUCAAUGCUGUUACAAUGAAAUUCUAGUUUUUCAUAUGUAACACGCUGCACCUUCAAUGAAAAACAGACUUACACUUUACAUUUUUUAUGAAAGCUUCAGGACUCCCACUGUGUAUGUGUGUAUGUGCUCACUACAAUCAGCUGUCAGUUUAUUAGGUACACCAGCUCAAAGGAAAGCCGCCUAAUGCAACAGUCCUACAAUACAUCCUCCUUCAUGAAGGUUGACUCAACUCUGUGAUAAUUUUGAAUUAUGUAGUUUGCUGUGCUCGUUAACUGCUAUUGUGCUUUUAUUUUAUUUAAAAUACAUCCGUUGAAAGAAAUAAAGUACUGUUAGCCCCAUUCGUUACUUUAAUACAGUAUUUAGGUAUUGUAUGUACUGUGUUGUACGUAUGUCUGUGUUUUGCACCUUCAAAUUUUAUCUCACCGCGUUUUAGAGGGAAUUAUUUUGUCUUUUAUUUGACAGGAGGGAGAUGUGAUCCACAGAGGUCAUAACAUCUGUAUGUAUAGGAGUGUGGAUGUGCAGAUAAUUUGAAAAUAGAAACCUAAAUUAGAUUUGAGACAUAUGAUCACUAGGACUGCAAAUAAAAAAAUGUCUAAAAGAGAUUUUCCUGAUAAAUUGUUGCUCUAUAAAACAACAUUCAAUGUACUCUGAUGUAAAACAAGUAAAAGAAGAGAAGCUUGAACCUUUGAACAUUUGUCAAGAUUCUUUGAACAAUAACUAAGAGGAUUAAUCAAUCGUCAAAUUUGUUGUCUAUUGAAUUAACCCAUCCCCCACUUACAGUACUCAGGGGGCGAAUUGUAACAGAAACAAUCCAAGUUUAUCAGAACAAAAUUCAUCUGCAGCACAACCCUCUGAAAUAUAAUAUCUACAGUAAAGGAAUCAAAUUGCAUAAGGUACAAAUACCUCAUUGAAGUACAAGUACAACAGCACUUGAGUAAUUGUACUUAGUUUGAACCUCUACAUUUUUAUAAAUAUAUAUAUAUAUAUAAAUAUAUGAUGGAGGAUUAAUUGCAGGACUUAUGAAUGGGACUGUGUAAGCUUUAGUCAGGUGUGUGUGAGUGUGUGUCUGAUAGUGAGUAGAGAUGUAACAUGGCCGGU